AUGUUUAUUUAUUUGCUCGAUUUGUUUUUAGUGCGACGUACUGUUGGCAGUGGAAACAUAAGCGAACCAGUAACUAUAAUUAAAUGUGAAGUUGAUGAUGAGAUUGUUGGUCUUGAUGAUGGUAUUGCAGCAGUAUCCACAGCAAUGGCUUUAGGUAUUAAUUCGACGACAAAUACAACAUUUGGAAAUAAUGCUGAUGGUUUAGAUUGUGUUGUUUGUGGUGAUCGAGCAACUGGUAAACAUUAUGGAGCAAUAUCAUGUGAUGGAUGUAAAGGAUUUUUUCGACGAAGUGUUCGUAAAAAUCCUGUAUAUGAAUGUCGACAUCAAAAUAAUUGUACUAUUGAUAAAGAUAAACGUAAUCAAUGUCGACAUUGCCGUUGGAAAAAAUGUAUUCGAAUGGGUAUGAAAAAAGAUGCGGUACAAAAAGAAAGAGAUCGUCUUGGACGACAACGUAGUCAUGUUUAUAAUUUUGGAACAACAAAUCUAAAAUCCAAUGCAAAUCUUACUGGUGAUCUCGAUGAGGAUGAAGAUGAUUUAAGUGUAACAGCUCUAUUAAAAGCUGAAAAAACAGCUCAAGAAUAUAUUGGUCGACAAAUUCGAUUAAAUCGGCAACCAUCUAAUACAGAACGUGUUCAAGCUACAUUAGAAACAAUUGGUAUAUCAAUGAAUUAUCAACUUCGUAGUCUUAUUGAAUGGGCAAAAGAUUUAAAAGGUUUUGUUGAAUUAUCCGAUAAUGAUAAAAUUGCUCUUUUACGUGGUCAUACAGGAGAAAAUCUCAUAUUAGGGGUUGCAUGUCGUUCAUUAAACUGUGAUGAUUAUUUACUAUUAGGUAAUCAUUAUGUUAUCCCAAGAAAUGCAUCUGAUCCAGGUUUAAGUCGUGCAGCUGCUAGAAUACUUGAUGAAAUAGUUAAGCCAUUAAAAGAAAAUCAAUUAGAUGAAAAAGAAUAUGCUUGUCUGAAAGCUAUCGUUUUUUUCGACAAUGAUAAUAAAUCUUUAUCAAACCCAAUGCGAGUUAAACAAUUACGUAAACGUGUACAAGUUAAUCUUGAAACAUAUAUUAAUCAACAAAGACCAUUAAUGCGUGGCCGUUUUGGUGAAUUAUUAUUAUUAUUACCACCAUUACAAAAUAUAGCUCGAUUAAUGGUUGAUCUUGUUGCACGUUAUAGUCAAGAUACAAAACAAGUUGAUGAUCUUAUUAAUGAAAUGCUUCUAAUUUCAAAAGAGAACGAUCUCGAUUCGAAUAAUUCUUCAAUUGACACCGAUAUGGAAGACAAUAUAUCUCAGGAGACUGAGCAAUUUGAUCAGUUAUCAUCAGCAACACCUGUAACUAAUUCAGUUAUGAUUGUACCACGAGCAGUCGAUGAUGAACUUAAUAAUAUUUCACUUAAUGAAAAUGAUGAUUAUACACCAAAUAAUUUAUCUCAUAUUCAUCUUCUUCAUCCAACUGUUAAUACUGAUCCAAAUUUAUACCGUCAUAAUCGAACAAUAGUUGAUAAUAAUCAAAUAUCAACUGAUCUUGAUCAAUAUCAACAUGGACAAACUUUACAAUAUUUUACAAAUACGUCAAAUGAACGAUUAAAAUUAAUCAAAUCAAAAUCUAUAGCAACUCCAUCACCAACAAAUUCAACAUCAACUGGAACUAAUUAUGAUCCCAAUAAUGAUAUGAAUUUUUUAUAUGAUCUCGUUACACCACCGACAACAACAAGAGCAAUUUCACAGUCAGUACAAUCACAAUCGAAUAAUGAUGAUAAUACUUUUUUUGAUGACAAUUGGAAUGAAUAA